GGAAGAGACAGUGUUAGGAGGACAUGAAGAAACUGGCCACGAGUGGCCCAGACAGCUGAAACAGGACACCUGUAAGAGACAUCCUGAGAAGUGAAGGCUUGUGCUAGACAUGGACUGGGCUGAAGUCUAGGUGUCCCAACCACUAACACCGGAAUCCAGGAUCAUGUCUGCUAACAAAGGCUGGUGGGUGCCACCGGAGGACGACAGCUUGUCUGAGAAGUUCCUAAGGAAGACCAGGGAGUCUCCACUAGUGCCAGUAGGCUUGGGAGGCUGCCUGGUGGUGGUGGCAUACAGGCUUUACCGGCUGAAGGCUCGCGGUUCUACCAAGUUGUCCUUACAUCUGAUUCAUACCCGAGUGGCAGCGCAGGCCUGUGCCGUGGGUGCAAUCAUGCUUGGCACUGUGUACACAAUGUACAGAGAUUAUAGCAAGAGGACAGCCCAGGAUGCUGGGGAGAAGCAGGACUCCUAAGGGGUGGGGCAGCCCAAUCACUGCAUUUCUCUAUGUGCCUAAUAAAGCGGUGUUGAGGA